GCUCUAAUACUUGAAGGGGUUUACACGUUCAUGUUUCCGAACGCGUCUUAUCCUGUAAAAAGAAAAAAAGAAACGAGUUAGCUCACUGUGGAAGGAAUGGCAUCGGUUAAGCUAACGUUAGUUAGCAUUGAGCUUCCCUGCUGAACUGCCACAUCGCCAGAAAACUGUCAGCAGCACCGCAGCCGCUUGCCAACAAAACGUGGAACUUUUCCAGAACUAUAGUUCUUCAACACGGGGGCUGAUGUCUUCAUUUAUAAUUACGCAAGAAGUUUGCUAGUCUUUUCUGCAUUUGGAUCAAGUGCUGUCAGCCAUGGCUCACGACGAAGAGGAAGAGGAGCUGACCGUCGAGGGGCCCAAGGAGGUGGACAUGAUCACAUCAAUACGUUGCCUUGGUUACCUGUCAAGCCUGAACCUCAUGGUGGCGGUGUGCGUCGGUAUGUACUUGCGCUGGGAGGUGACGAGCGAGCCGAUGAUCCUCGUCAUCUUCAUCCUGGGUCUUUUCGUCCUCGGGAUUGCGAGCAUCCUCCACUAUUACUUUGGCAUGGAGCAAGCCAGCCUGAGCCUGUUCCAUCUGUGGUUUGGCUUCCUGCUCGGUCUCCUGUGCUUCCUCAGCAGUCCUGCCUUAGAUUCCAACGUCAAGGAAGUCGUUGCCAACUAUCUCCUCCUGGCCAGCGUGGUCAUGAAGGCAAUAUGGGCCGCGACGGAGAGAAUAUGCCGCUCCAUCCGCUACAAAGCCGUCUUGCUGAAGUCCACCGAAUUCCUAGAGCUGCUCGGUUUUGCCAUCGCCAGCACCACCAUGCUUCUCAACAAGUCAGUCGCCAUCGUCGGCCUUGUGGUGGCUCUGGGCGCGCUCAUCGUGGACUUGAGGAUGAAGUCCCUCCUGGCUUUACCCAACUUGGUCAGCUUCGCCCUGGUCACCUCACUGGUGUUUUUCCAAGCCUUGGGCAUUGCGGCCAACCCCUUCGCCUUAGGGUGCUACCUGGGUCGGCUGCUGUGCGAGCCCGUGUUGGACGUGUACUUCAGCCCGCUGGGCGCCACCGAGCGCUGGAUGCCUGUGCUCACCUUGGGGAACAUGUGGAGGCGGCUGUCGCUCCUGCCCUUGAGCCUGCUGGAGUUGACCUUCAUCAUCCUGGCUGCCUUUAAGCUCAGCCACUUGGAGCUGUGGUACUUGGUGAUCCCAGGCUUCUGCCUCUUUGGCGUCUUCUGGUGCAUCUGCCACGUCGUCCUCCUCAUCACGAUCUGGGGCUUCCAUACCAAGCUGAGCGAGUGCCAGAAAGCCUGGCGGGCGCAGCGUUCCAGCAGCCGUGGCCUGGACCAGGUCAUGGCCUCCAGGGGCAUCCGGCACUUUUGCCUCAUUUCGGAGCGGCUGAUGUUCUUCAGCCUGCUGUCCACGGUCAUUCUGGGUGCCGUGUCCUGGCAGCCUGCCAACGGUCUCUUCCUCAGCGCGCUGCUGGUGGUGCUACCGUUGGAGUCGCUGGCCCACGGGCUAUUCCACGAGCUGGGCAGCUGUCUGGGGGGCACCUGCGUUGGCUACGCCCUGGUCAUCCCUACGACAUACUGCAGCGCUGAUGGCCAGCCCGCCCUGCUGCCCCCGGAGCAGGCCCAACAGUUGAACCUGCGCUCCACGGGUAUGCUGAACAACGUACAGCGUCUCUUCUCUCACCACAUGAUCCGGACGUUCGGCUGCGACUACUCGGCCAGCGGCGUCAGCCUGGAGACGCUGCACGGCAAGCUGCGCAACUUCCUGGAGCUGCGGACGGCGGACGGGCCGCGCCACGACACCUACCUGAUCUUCUACAGCGGGCACACACACAAAGGAAGCGGAGCCUGGGCGCUAGCUGGAGGGGAGAGUCUUCAUCUGGCCCAGCUGCUGGAGUUGUGGAAGGAGAAGAACGCAGGUCACUGCUCGCGUCUCAUCCUGGUCCUGGACACAGAAAACUCCCUCCAUUGGGUCAAAGAGGUACGUAGGGUCGAUGGGGUAUACAUAGCGGUACAAACGGCCGAGCUGUCCGCCGCCGGGCCCGACCCAGAGGUGGGCGAGGCCCCCGUACUCGGGGACUUCACGUCCGAAUGGGUGGAGUUCAACUGCAACCCAAACAGCGACACGCAGUGGUCCGAGAAGGGACGUAGCGUGGCGGCGGUCUACGGCGUGUCAAAACGCUGGAGCGACUACACGCUGCACCUCCCGACGGGCAGCGACGUGGCCAAGCAUUGGAAGACCCACUUUCCCACGGUGACGUAUCCCAUGGUGCACCUCUCCAACUGGUGCUGUGGCCUCAACCUGUUUUGGUUGUGCAGCGUGUGUCUGCACUGCUUCAGGAGGUGCAAACUCGCGUGGUUCCCACCUGCUGUUUUGGACACAGGACAGGGCCUUAAACUGGUGCACUCCUAGAUGUGCUCCAUGGACACUUGGACUAGUUGAACAAAUUAGCACAUAUGUUUCGAUGCAGACAUAAUGGAGUCACAUUGUAAGACUAAAUGUCUGUUUAACAAGAGAUGGGAUUUAAGGCACAUUCCCCCCCCCCCCCCCCCCCAUGUAUUUAACAUAUUCAAAUUAUAGUAAGAUUCCAUAGCAAUUAUUUUUUAUUUAUAUUUUCUUCUGACUAAUUUUGCUAAUUGUGGCUUACCAAUGUAUAGGUUUUCUUUAGCACUAUAUUGACAUUUGCUUUGCACAUAAGGGUCAUUUCCAUGUAAUUAAAUAACAGAUCAAUCAUGCUUAUUAAAAGUAAAAAAAAAUCUAAUUUAGCAAAUUGUUUUAUUCCGCCUUGGUUUUAUAUGGCUAAGUUUUCCAUGCUGAAACAGCCAUGCUUUAAGUCCUGUUUUCAAGAAGUUAUUGAUGAUUUCCAAUUUUAGGCAUUCAUAGUAAAGGCAAUCCUUAUUGACAGAGCAAAUGGUGGUGGCCUAUUGAAAUACACUUCUUGCAUAACGGCAAAGACAUAAGUGCAUAACGGGAGUGACAAACAGUUUCAUAACAAUCAAGUGAGUUGCAUAAUUUACAUGUGUUGCCCUUCAAACUCUGUGGAUACACGUGCAUAAUUAAUUAGAUAAAUGAUAAACUCCUCAUUAAACCCAUUACACUCUUUAUGCAGUCAUAGUAAUGAGAACAGUAAAGACAGCUUGAGUGACAAAAAAAGGACUAUUUUUAAAUGAACCAAAAAAAAAAAAAAGGAACUUUGAAGACACUAGGAUGCAUUUGUGUUAGUUUUCAUUGAAAAUGAAAAUUAAGCAAUAGGAGAAAAUUUUUUUAUUAGCAUGUUCAGAAAACAUUGCAAAUCAUGAAACUUCAUUUUGGGCAGUCAAGACAUUUUGGCAGUAAAGUUUGAAAAAUGUUACGAUGGAAAUGUUUUUCUUUUCAUUGAAACAAUUAACCUUUUGAAGGAUAACAAUGACUGCCAACAAUUCAAAUACUCAUAUCAGUAAAAAUAAUUAUUUAAAAAACAAAAAAAAAGAAACUCAGUGGGCCAUGUCUUUACCGUGAUCAAACUAAUUGAAAAUGACCCAUAGACACUUUUGAUUUAAUUAGGUCCUGCAUUAUACUUCUCAAUAUUAGUAACAACUUGCAAACGUCAGCUUCACUAACCGUGCAGAAUUUAUGGCAAUAGAGGCCUCUAAUGCACAAAAUGACACGUGCUUUGAAAUAUGUAACCACUUAGCCGACCCCGCAUUCUGUGCUGUGCGUGGGGUCCUUUGCUGUCACUUUCCAUCCAAAACGCUGAGAUGCUCAUUUUCCCUUCGUUGUGGUGACUUAGAAGAAUGAAGCUGUUCUCCCUGGAAACGCAAAAAGUGAGACAAGCGACCGACUUGAUAUCAUGCGAAAGAAAAGCAUCACUGUUCGUAGUUUUAAUACCACUUAUAAUGUUAAGUAAAAUAAAAAAUAAUUACAAUACUAAAUUCUAGGAGGAGAAGGCAUAAAUAUGCCCACAAUUCUUUGUUCUGUUGCCUUAAAAAGACCCGCUAUAAACUGUAUAUAAUGUAGAUAUAAGCCUCUUAGGCAAAUUCCUUGUAUGCCGCCUUAAUUUCACUGCGAUGUGCUCCUUCCAUGAUUGAAUGGUGUCUUUCACAAUGCAAAUCCCCCCCAUGUGCUUUACUGGAGUUAUGUCGGAACAAAAUGUAAUAAAGUUAUUUUAACAGUCA